CGUUUAAAAUCUUUCUUUUUUUCCCUCCUUUUCCGUUUUAAUGGAGCAAGCAUGUUGUCAUCGCAAUGGGUGUGUCGUCGCUGUUUAAAUGCAUUGGCUCAGCCUCGGAGUCGCCAGUUUUUACGAUUAGCUAGCACAGAUACACAUAAAAACUUACCACCUGUCCUCCUCCAACGUGCACGAAACAUCACUGCCGAACAUGACAAACUUGCAAGCGCACUCGCGAGCGACUUCGACUCCGGAAUCGCCAAGCGAGCUGGCGAGCUAUCCCGCGUAGCCAACGCCCUAAAAGAAUGGGAAGCCGCCCAGUCCUCCAUAGCAGAGCUUACAGACCUUCUACAAUCGCAAGACGUUGAAUUGCGCCAAUUAGCUAAAGAUGAGCUUUCGACGACCAACGCUAAGCUCGGCACCCUCGCUACCGCCCUAUCAGCCUCGUUAACCCCGCGCGACCCCUUCGCCGACAUGCCCUGCCUACUCGAAGUACGACCUGGUCCUGGUGGUAUGGAAGGACGAUACUUUGCCGAUGCUGUAUUUCGCAUGUAUCGACAGUAUUGCUCGCGCAAGGGCAUACGUGUUAAUGUGCUGAAAUACGAGACGGUCGACGGUGGGGACACCUCGAUAGGCGGGUCGAGCGAGUCACCCUUACAAGAAGCAGUACUCGAAGUUCUAGAUACGGGCGCAUACGAUCAAUUCCGCGGUGAGGCGGGCAUGCAUCGAGUGCAGCGCGUACCAUCGACAGAGACGAGCGGGCGAACACAUACCAGUGCGGUAGCAGUCUGGGUCUUACCUUCGUUCCCCGAAAACGAGAAUGAUAUGCCGAACGAACAAAGCUUCAACGAUCCGAAUAGCAUAUUCUACGUCGAUCCACGGGAAGUUAAAGAGGAGAAGAUGCGAGCAAGUGGAGCUGGCGGACAACACGUUAAUAAGACGGAGAGCGCGAUCCGACUUACACACGAGCCGACGGGUAUCGCAGUUUCGAUGCAGGACUCGCGGUCGCAACAUCGAAACCGACAAGCGGCGUGGACAUUGCUACGAUCGCGAAUCGGACAACGAAGGCGCGAAGAGCGAGAAGAAGAGGCCUGGGCCCUACGGAACAGUGUACUAAGCAAAGACAAGAUUACGCGCGGCAACAAAAUACGCACCUACAAUUACAGCCAAGACCGGUGUACCGAUCAUCGCAGCGGUCUUGACGUGCAUAACUUGCCAGAUGUCCUCGAAGGUGGCGAGACUCUGGACAAAGUCAUGGAGAGCGCGAAGGAUUGGCUUAUUCAGCGGGAAAUUGAACAGUUGAUUGCAGAAGAGGAGGAAACUAGUAAGGCGCCGAUAGGAAAGGCGGCGAAGAAAGGAAAGAGAUAAGUCAUCUCUCCUUUUUACGUAUUUAAUCUUGUCUAUAUGCCGCGGAGCUUUCGUAUGAAGAGCGUUCUACGAAUUAUCUAGAGUAGAAAUUACUUAUGUACAUACGUUACACAUAUACUAAGACGUACAAAAUACCCGAAAAAUGAUAUACGAUUAGAAUUGAUCAUCUCGCCGUCGUUGCUUUCAAAUCAUAGAAUAUGCGCCUCGGUUGCGAAUUUUAUCGUCAUCUCGGAGUUAAUAAAACUUGAAGCUGUCGUAUAACAUGACAAUUUGCUUUUUUUUUUAUCGGGCGGGAAAAAUAACCCACGGGGAGUUUCUCACAUCACCAUUGCCUUGAUUUUUAAUU